CCAUGCUCUCGUUCGCGAGCGUGGUAGUUUAGCUGGAAACGCUGGAGAUGGGGGGCAGAGGCCGGCCGAGAAAGAAAGAUCCGCCGCCUAAGGGUGGUUCUGCAACAAAAAGAAUAGAUCUGAAAGAUGAUAAUCGGGGGCAAAAUAGCAUCUCAGUUGGGGAAACCAACAAAGAGCAAACAGAGGUCGUGAAGCUUGCUGCUCGUGAUCCUCACCAGAUGGGUCUUGAAAUUGAAAAAUCAGGGCGUUUGAGCCCAGAUCUAGGGGAGAAAGAAGGGGACGAUGAAGGGAUUUUGCUAGAUCUAGCUGUCUCGAAGCAACGCCAAAGGAAAAGCAGAUCUGAUGCUGGUUCCAGGGAUGAUAGAGCAGAUAAGGGGAAGAACGAGGCCGGCCCCGUGGAAGGGAAAACAGCGAAGGGGAAGAAGGGAGUGCACUCGGAGACCCAGCCUUCUGUCAUCCAGAUGAAGCAACCUACUGGGGAAAAGGACGCUGGUUCUACAUCCGAUACGACGAUUUCUCCUAGUGCUCGGGAUAUCAGUAAAGGAUGGGAUUUGCAAUGCAUAAAACCUCAAGAUCCAACUAGUGCUGUGGUUAUUACCGAGGAUGAGUGGGUUAAAGGGUCAAAGAUUUGGGAGAAUGCUCUUGUUGGGUAUGUUCUGGGAUCUAAACCUGAGUUUAAGGAUGUUGCUAAUUUCAUGAAUAACAGGUGGAGGGAAUUCCAGGUGCCUAAGGCAUUUAUGCUGCGAAAUGGUGUUUUCUUGUUUGAUUUUGGUAAUGGAAAUGCAAAGCAGGCGGUGCUAGAGAGGCGCUAGACAUUUAAUGGGCACCCUUUGAUUUUGAAACAGUGGACUCCAGAUUUUGAUCCUGACAAUUUGGAUAUCAGUAAGAUUCCUGUCUGGGUCCAAUUUCCUGAACUCCAUUUGAGUCUUUGGAACCCUGAGAGCUUAGGAAAGCUAGCAAGCUAUGUGGGAGUUCCUAUUGCAACUGAU